AUGGGCCUGCUGAAACCCAGCCAGCUGAAUGCUUCCCCAGCCAGCUGCCGCCCUCUUCACUCCCAUGCGAUUUACACCACGGCCCGCAACUCUCUUUCGCCCAAGAUGCCACGCAAGAUAUCGCCCAGAACUACAACACUCACUCGAUCCUCACAGGACGCCAGACUCGUCAAUUCCAACAGCCGCCUAGUGCUGAGCUUUCGAGCUUCCAGGACCAUGUUCCGACCCAUCAACUGCACCAAGAGCAUCAGCCUUCCGACCCAGACCAUUCAAAUCUUGCUGGGUUCCCACUCCCGGAGCCGCGGUUGGCCAUGUAUCCAGGCGAAGCUCAGGCACGGUGCAACCCACACUUGUGAAUUUAGCAGCCGCAACAAUAUCCUAUAUCAAUUGGCUAACUAUUCCCGAAUUGGUAGCAGUUACACACCACAUUUGCCCCGCACAUCCCAAGCCCACUAUCCGAGAACACAGGUUCUCAAAGCAGGCAAGCGCCUCGAAGGGAGGCAUUGA